UUCACAGGACAUCCACACACUUGACCACAUAGCCUACUGAGAACACUAGACCUGAUCUACCCGCCUUUGGUAUGGACCUGAGGAUCCUGUUUGUAGCGUCAGCUCUCCUCCUGGGGGCCACACUCACCAUCUCACUGGCAGACCGCACCGCACAGUGCAAAGUCAAAUGGUUGUUUGGCAUCUCGUGCCAAGAUGUGUAUGGGAAGCUGGUGAGCCAGAUCAAGGCCUGGCAGAUCCGGCAAAGCUGUUUAUAUGCAGGAGAGCGGUGCUCGUAUGAGCUUGUGUCGACAGCCCCGUACCUGAUCACAGCCACCCACACUUCUCCAGCAACCAAAAGAGUGAACAACCUACAGUUUCUUCUGGAGCAGUCCACCGUUUGCAAAGUGACUGGCGAGGCAGUGUCUGAGUUUUCCAAAGAUCCAGCUGAUAACAGCACAAACUACUGUAGCCUUCAGAACCUGAUGGACGGAAGUGACCUGAUCAAUGCUGAAGGAUACAAACAGUUCAGCAACAAGUGGAUCUGUUCUGGGUUCGAUACUGCCAACUGCACCUUAUCUUAAGUCGCUUCAUGUGUUAAAUGAUUGUAAGACUUCAGAGAAAAUUGGUUAUUAACAGUGUAU